AUGCCAACAGCUGACGAAUUGAAGGUGCAAGGAAACAAAGCUUUCGCAAAUAAAGAGUUCAAAAAGGCAGCAAAAAUAUAUAGGGAUGCCAUUAAAUUAGAUUCAACAAAUCCUGUCUUAUACUCUAAUCGGGCACUUUGUUUCAUCAAAGAACAAGAUUGGGAUCGAGCUUUAAGAGAUUGUAAAGAUGGGUUAUCGCAUAAUCCUAACCUUAAUACUAGAGUCAAACUAAUUUAUAGACAAGGGAUCGUCCUUAAGAAUCUCAGCGAUACACCUAAUGCCUUUAAAUGCUUUAGUGAGGUGGUGAAUCUUGAUCCACAGAAUACAGCUGCUAUAGAUGAAUUGAAAACCAUCGAAAAUUCUCCCAAUAAAAAGUUGAAAUUACAGUCGGGUUCGUCUAUUGCAAUACCAAUCAAAGAAGUUAAUAACCUACCGGAAGAAUUUCUGGUAUUGUUAAAUGCAAAAGCUGAAAGACGUAAUGAAUUAAUUCCCCCUAAACCUACAGAACGAUUGAAUAACGAAAUUAACGAAUUAUUUGGUCAUAAGCCAAUAGUAAAUAAUAAUUCUGAGAAGUCAAAUCCUAAAUUGUCUAAUUCCUCUUCUUUUUCGGACAUGCCAACCAUGCAAGUUUUGUCAAUGUUGAAUACAUUACCUAAAAACCAGAAAAUCGGUGCAUAUAAAUAUAUCACCACCUUAACUCCUGAAUAUUAUAACGAUGUCUUUGAAUCUACUGGAAUCGAUUCGGAAUUCUUAAUAUUCUUUAUAGAAGCAGCAGCCUAUGUUUCGACUCAUAAUGCUAUAAAUAAGUGGGAAACAACAAUCUAUGAUUUAAUAUCAACAUUUUCAAAAUUACGUCGAUACCAAUUGUCUUUGCUGUUUUGUAAUACGAAUCAUAUUGAUGAAAUAAUUAAUAAUGUGAAUAAAUUAGGUGAUAAUACGCUAUUAGAAACCUACAAAUCGCUAUUAGUGAUUUAA